UGAUGUUUUUGGAGAAAAAUUUUGAGAACUAAACAAGACCUAACUUCGCUGGAGAAGACGCAGUGACUUGUCCUGGCAACUGGCGUGGAACUUUCGUUUUCCCACCAUUGGCAACCCUUUGGGUACCCGAUUUCUAGCCAAAAUUGCAACUUCAGCUCGUUGUUCAUCAUCUCCUGGGGUUGGUUAUUCCCUGCGAAAAGUUGAGAGGGCAACAAAAAAUUCCAGUAGUUUUGCAGAUGUCGGAAGAUCCGCCGGAGAGGAGUCAUGCAUCAGCAUCCUCCUGCUGGGUCAUCCCCUGAAUCGCCGGUGAAUGGACGAGUACACAUGGAGGCUGUAAUCCUUGCUGUUUCAAAGAUUGGUUCUGUUUUAGUGGAGGAGGCCACCAAAGCUGCUAUAACCGAGCUAUCUGAAAAAGCUACAAAUCUGAAGGAACUGCCAUUAAAGGUUGAGGAAAUGGAGAAGGAACUAAAGACGAUGAACAAUGUUAUAAAACAGAUGAGCACAGAACAUCUUACAGACGAGAUUGUCAAGGGUUGGAUUGCAGAUGUGAGGGGUCUGGCUCACCGUGUUCAGGAUAUAAUGGACAAGUAUUCAUUCCAUGCUCUUAAAUUGGAAGAAGAAAAUGCUGUCAAGAAACUCUUCACCAGAACAAAAUAUCUGACAGUUUUCAGUGAAAUUGCUCAAGAGAUUAGCAACAUAGAGACGCAAAUUGGAAAUGUUGUAAUGAGGAAAAAAUGGUGGCUGAAGAAGUCCCACUACAAUGCCAAUACGCUUGCAGAUAUUGAAAGGAAACGGUCGCAAGACUGCCUUCUAGCUCCAGAUGAUCUAGUUGGGAUAGAAGACAACAGGAAACUAUUGACUGACUGGUUGUACUCAGGUGAGCAGGAUAACACAAUCAUAACAGUAUCUGGUAUGGGUGGAUUGGGGAAAACAGCCCUGGUCAACAAUGUGUAUGAACGGGAGAAGACCAAUUUCAAAGCUUGUGUUUGGAUUGUCGUGUCACAGACAUAUGAUGUUGUUGAUUUGUUGAGGAAACUUGUCAAGAAGAUCGGGUCUCCUCAACAGACACAGCUAUCAGAUUUAGAUGCUCGUGACCUGAAAAACAAAAUAAAGGAAAUGCUAAAGCAUGGGAACUUUCUGAUUGUACUAGAUGAUGUUUGGAAUCGAGAAGCAUAUACUCAAAUAGUGGAUGCAUUCCCACCCUGUCAAGGAAGUUGCAUAAUCAUCACAACACGGCAGGGUGAUGUAGCAGCUCUUGCUCACCCGACACGUCAACUCAAACUCCAUCCAUUGGAGCAUAGUGACGCGUUUGAUCUCUUCUGCAGAAGGGCUUUCUACAAGAACUACAAGUGUCCUCAGAACCUCGAGAAACUGGGCAAUGAUAUAGUAGUUAGGUGCCAAGGCUUGCCACUGGCAAUCGUAUCUAUAGGUGGCCUUUUGUCUUCAUUGCCACCGGAGAAUCAUGCCUGGAAUGAAACAUACAAGCAGCUUCGAAGUGAGCUCACAAACAACAACCAUGUUCAAGCGAUUCUGAAUCUGAGCUACCAUGACUUACCAGGAGAUCUUAGAAACUGCUUCCUGUAUUGUAGUCUGUUCCCAGAAGAUCAUCAGUUAUCACGCGAGACUCUCGUCCGGUUGUGGGUGGCAGAAGGCUUUGUGGUGCAGAAUGAAGAGAACUCACCGGAGGAGGUUGCUGAAAAACAUCUUCGGGAAUUGAUACAAAGGAAUAUGCUACAGGUUGUGGAAAAUGAUGAGCUAGGCAGGGUUAGUACCUGUAAGAUGCAUGACCUUGUGCGGGACUUGGCUCUUUGUAUCGCUAAACAGGAGAAAUUUGGUUGUGCAAAUGAUUAUGGCACCAUGCAGAGGAUGGAUAAGGAAGUCCGUCGCUUGUCAUCGUGUGGAUGGAAGGGCAAGGCUGUGAUGCAAGUUAAAUUCAUGCGUCUCCGGACACUGGUAGCACAUGGAAUGACAGCACCUUCCCGUCACAUGUUGUCCUCGAUUUUGUCUGAAUCCAGCUAUCUUACUGUUCUCGAGCUGCAAGAUUCUGAAAUAACUGAAGUGCCUGAAUCCAUAGGAGACCUGUUUAACCUACGCUACAUUGGCCUGCAGCGCACUAAAGUCAAAGCACUUCCAGAGUCUAUUGGGAAGCUCUCAAGCCUCCAGACUCUCAACAUCAAGCAAACCAAAAUACAAAAGCUACCACGAGGCAUUGUUAAGAUCAAGAAGCUGCAGCAUCUUCUAGCUGACAGAUAUGAAGAUGAGAACCGCUCACAGUUUCGGUAUUUUCUUGGAGUGCAAGCACCCAAAGAGCUAUCCAGCUUGGAAGAACUCCAGACCCUUGAGACCGUGGAAGCAAGCAAGGAACUGGCCGAGCAGCUGAAGAAACUCAUGAACCUAAGGAGUCUGUGGAUCGACAACAUAAAUGCUGAUGACUGCGCAAAUCUUUUUGCUACACUGUCGAAGAUGCCGCUUCUUUCCAGCUUGCUUCUAUCUGCGAGUGAUGAGAACGAACUACUUUGCUUGGAAGCUCUUAAGCCAGAAUCAGAGGAUCUCCAUAGGUUGAUUGUCAGAGGGUGCUGGGCAGCUGGGACACUAGAGUACCCAAUAUUUCGUGACCAUGGAAAAAAUCUCAAGUACUUGGCCAUAAGCUGGUGCCGUCUUCAGGAGGAUCCUCUACUCCUGCUUGCACCAUACGUGCCAAACCUUGCCUAUCUUAGCCUUAACAGGGUGAGUAUUGCAAGCACCUUGGUUCUUUCUGCAGGGUGCUUCCCACAUCUGAAGACACUCGUCUUGCAGCGUAUGCCUGAUGUAAACCAUCUGGAGAUCAUAGGCGGUGCCCUCCAGCAUAUUGAAUGUUUAUAUGUAGUGUCACUGCCAAAGCUAGAUAAGGUCCCUCGAGGCAUCGAGUCCCUUGGGUAUCUCAAGAAGCUGUGGCUGCAGGGUCUGCAUACGAACUUCAGAUUUGAAUGGGAGAAAAAUGGAAUGCACCAAAAGAUGCAGCAUGUUCCAGAACUGCGCGUCAAGGGCUAGAAGUUUGCUUAUUUCUGCAGUAAUAUUCCUCUAUGGUGAGUCUGGGCACAGCCACAUUAUACACCUUCCAAGUCAUAGAUGAGCUAGUGGCACCGGCCACUAGAUUGCAGCCUCAGUAUUGGAAAUUUGUCCUGGUAAAUUGGCUUUCACAGCCGUCAGGAUUCAUCAAGCUCCCUCUUUAUGAUAUGUUGUAUUGUUUUUGUUGCUUCAUAACAUUCUCAGGACUUAUGAUCCUUGUCUUUCAGUGUUAGACUGCAUUAUUAAAUAAUGGUUUUACUCAUUUUUCAUC